AUGGCGGUGACCGAGGAACCGAGACUUGAGGAGUGGGAAGAGGAGGAAGAGCAGUUGGUUCUGGUGGAAUUGUCAGGAAUUAUUGAUUCAGACUUUCUUUCAAAAUGUGAAAAUAAAUGCAAAGUUUUGGGAAUUGAUACUGAGAGACCUGUUAUGCAGGUGGACAACUAUGUCUUUGCUGGAGAAUAUGAAGACGCUCUUGGGACCUGUGUUAUAUUUGAAGAAGAUGUGGAAGAACAUGAUGGAGAAGGCAAUAAUAAAACAGUGCUGAAAUACAGAUGCCACACAAUGAAGAAGCUCAGCAUGACAAGGACACUUCUGACAGAAAAGAACAAAGGAGAAGAAAACAUAGGUGGUGUGGAAUGGAUGCAAAUCAAGGAUAAUGAUUCCUCCAAUAGACCCAACAUGAUCUGUAGCUUUCUCCAUGAAAAUGAAGAUGAGGAAGUUGUAGCUCCGGCUCCAGAUAAAUCUUUGGAGUUGAGGGGGCAAGAGAUUCAAAUGAAAGAUAAUUCAGACCUGAGAUAUGAACAGGGGAAACCAUUACACUUGGACAUAGAGGAUUCUGGUCCUCUAAUUGAGAUCCCUUCUUUUGAUACAGAAGGUUUUGUUUUUAUGGAAACUCAAGAUGCUGCCUUAGAAGCCACUCCUAAAUGA